CGCGCGGGAUGAGGUCGAUCCUGAUAACCGGUUGCAACCGCGGCCUGGGCCUGGGCCUGGUGAAGGGGCUGGCCGGCUCGGCGAAACCGCCGGACAAUAUUUUCGCGACCUGCCGAGAUGCCAGCAAGGCGACGGAGUUACGCGCGCUGGCCGACCAAUCGCCGAACAUUCACAUCGUCGAAAUAGAUCUGACGAACACGGACGGCUACAGGAAAAUCGUGGACGCGGUCAGCGAGAGAGUCGAGGGCGCCGGUCUCAACGUUCUCUUCAACAACGCCGGCAUCUCCAGCAAAUUCACGCGCCUCGGCCUCGUGAAGAAGCAGCAGAUCACGGACGCUCUUCUGGUGAACACCGUGGCGCCCAUUAUGCUGACAAAGGCUCUCCUACCGCUACUGAAGGCAGCCGCGAAGAAUGCUGAGAAUAAGACAGAGCUGAGCGUUAAUAGAGCGGCGGUGAUCAAUAUGACUUCCAUCCUCGGCAGCAUCGCUGAAAAUACAGACGGCGGUUUUUAUCCCUACAGAUGUAGCAAGGCCGCACUUAACGCCGCGACCAAGUCAAUGAGCGUCGACCUGAAAGCCGAUGGGAUCCUGGUAACGUGUUUACAUCCAGGAUGGGUGCGCACGGACUUGGGCGGCCACAACGCUCCGAUGGACGUCGAGACCAGCGUCGGCUGCAUUCUGGACACGUUGAACUCACUGACAGAAAAACACACCGGCUGCUUCGUACAGUACGACGGGGAAAUAUUGCCUUGAUGCUCGGUGAAAGUGAAAUGAGAAGAGAGGGUCAUUGCACAGAGAGGCUGACAAGCAACAUCGCGACUCUUCUCGCAACCGACGUACAAUUACUCACUGUUCAGUAGGUCAUUCAACUAUUUUAUUUAUACGAAUCAAGCUUGUUUUGUACAUGUCACGGUGCUAUAACGUAACGCAAAGGAAUGCAAGUUCUCCUAUAGUAUCGAUAGUCAAAAGAAAUGAUAUUUCAGAUAUGUACAAUGAUUUUUAACGACUAAUUGAAAGUGUGAACAUAUUUGUAUGUACGUUUAUCUCUCUCUCUCUCUCUCUCUCUCUCUCUCUCUCUCUCGGUGUGUGUGUGUCUCUCUCUCUCUCUCUCUCUC